GAUGUGGGCGGAGUCGGGGUGGGAGGGGUAAGUGCAGAAACGUCCUUCAUCGUCUAUCACUAUGACACUGCUCGACAGAAGUCCGAGGAUUUACAAGCUGUGGAGAACUUCCGAAGCUGGCCAGGAGGAGUGUUUGGCGCACCGCAAUGGAUCAGCUCAGCAGACAGAAGUACCGAAGGCUGAGAGUAAAUCUCCUCAGGGUUUUCGUCAUACUUGUCAUUUUUGUCAUUUUCCUUUCUUACGACUUCUACCCAAAUUUGCACCAUAGGUUUAUGCUUUACCAUCAUUCUCGGGAUUUCUCGAUACUGCUGAGACCACAUAGCUGUAAUAACCAGCAGCCAAUUUUCCUUCUGAUCGCUAUCAAAUCCCUAUCCCAGCAUGCAGAUCGGCGAGCAGCUAUUCGCACCACCUGGGGACGCCAACAGAACACUGACAAUUUCCAAGUGCAGAGAGUUUUUCUCUUGGGCAGAGCACCGGACGUAGUUCAAGGCCAAAGCGUAGAUGCUAUCAUUCAAGAGGAAAACCGGGACCACGGAGACAUCCUGCAGUGGGAUUUUGAGGAAUCUUUCCAUAAUGUCACCCUCAAGGAGUACCUGUUUUGGAAGUGGUUUGAACAGCAGUGUUCCCCCACAGUGAAGUAUGUCCUAAAGGGGGAUGAUGAUGUCUUUGUCAAUAUAGACAAUGUUAUUAGGUUUCUCACCCUCCAAAACAGUAACAGUAGAAAUCUGUAUGUAGGGAAGGCACUGGUAAAUACCUACCCUAAUCGGGUCUGGUGGAGUAAGUAUUACAUACCACGUUUCAUGUUCUCCAGCAAGCCUUACCCUCCUUAUGCUGGAGGAGGUGCUUACCUGCUAUCUAGGGAGUCCAUUCACCUUCUCCACCAAGCCUCCAAGCAAGUUGACCUCUUCCCUAUUGAUGAUGUUUACGUAGGAAUGUGUGCAGAGGCUGCCAACAUUUCUGUUCAAAAUCAUAAUGGCUUCAGGACUUAUGAGUACACACCUUUUAAUCCUUGUUUGUUCAGAAAGGCAAUGGCCAUACACCAGGUGCUUCCUAAUGCACUGUAUCUGAUGUGGAGCCUCCUAAAACAACCAUUGAAAUGUCUCACCAGCGAAUAUUCAAUAUUUGAUCUUAAGAAAUUGGAAGUUGUUGUUCAUUAACAGUAUGGUGGUCCUGGCCAAUGAAGUUUACUGAUGCAGAACUGAGGAACUUUUCAGAAACUGACAUCACAAGCUUGUUGCAGCUCGGCUAAGUUCUGAAACUCUUCGAAAUUUUGUAAGAGAGGAGGAUAUCUCUGGUGUAUCCUAUCUCAGAGCCACUGGAGUGAAGGAUCAUCUCCUUGGACUAAGGAUCACGUAACUUGAAAAUCUUCUAUAUACCUAACAGAAUUAUUUCGGGGGAUGACAUAUCAUAGAAUUAGAUGCCAUAUAGGCCUGUUGUAUGUCUGUCUCACAAUAUUUAUUUUUCAACGUGAUGAAAGACAAUGUUGGCAUGACAAGCCUCAAAGUCUAAAGCAGCUUCACACAACAUUCACUUUAUGGUGGCACGAUGGACUUUAGUGAUGUCCACUGAGUCUUGAGACUUUGAGGCUUCAUGCUGUGUGGACUCCGACUGGUUUGUCAGUCAUGCUAAGCUUGGUUGGAGCAUCAAUCCUCUGCAUUAUUGUUUAACAUGUCAGUAUUUUUGUCAGGUAUGGACAGGUGUUGUGGACCGUCUCUGUUUGGGACCUUUCACUGCUGCUGUACACUCAUCUUGGAUGUGGAAAACUGUAGCCAAAGAAGCGCUGCAGUUAUUAUGCUGUUCAGUGUGUUUUUAUUUAAUAUACUGUACUGUUUUUAAACUUUCUACUUCAGGGCUAACAGAACUACUUUUAAAGAAAUAAAUCAUUUAAAAAAUGUUUGUGUUCCAGUGGCCUGAUGCUGGAAAUUGUUUGCACAUUUGAGAUAUCUUAUAGUUUAUUUUAUUAUUUUUGUAUCAAUUGUUGAUUUUUAAAUAUAAAGUUGUUUUUGGUAUGAUAAAGUUUUGAAUUUUUUUACAGACUUCAUGGCACUGAAUAAUAAAAACGAAUAAUUUCUCCAUUAGUUUUUUUUUUUUUUUUUUUUU